UUGCUGCUAAUUUACCAACAGCAUAUACUAGGCGAUGUUUUCACCUUCAAUUUGCUUUCCAACAACAAUUCUUCAAAUUCAGCCAGAUAACAGAAGUCGGUUCAGAACCCACAAAUGUAAAAGCUAUACUGAUGACAGAAAACUUCCCUGUUUCUCUUUCAAAGACCCAUCUUCCUCAGCUCGUUUUGAUGUUUCUGCAAGUUUUUGUAGAGACAAUGAAUUAGUUUGUCAAUUGGAAGUUCCAGGUGAUAAAAUUUGUUCAGUGAAUAGUUUUGUGGCUGAUUCAAGUUUGCUUGGUCGUUUGCUUCAAUCUAGUUCUAGUUUAAAAGAAGUUAAAAUACUUCAUGCGAUUGUUUUAAAGUGUUUGAGGAGCAGUACUAUAUUUGUUGAGAAUAAUUUGAUUAGUGUGUUGGUGAAAUUUGGGCGUUUGGAUGAUGCUCGUAAGGUGUUCGAUCAUAUGCUCGAGAGGAAUGUGGUUUCUUGGACUGCUAUGCUUAAUGGGUAUUUGAGAUAUGGGUUAGAUGAUGAAGCUUUUGAUUUUUUCGCGGAGUUUGUUCGAUGUGGUUUGUUGUGGAAUUCCAAGACUUAUGUGUGUGUGUUAAGCAUGGCUGGGAGGUGUUGUUAUUUUGAGCUGGGGAAGCAAGUGCAUGCUGGUGUUGUAAAGGGUGGAUUAAGUAAUUUGAUCUUAGAUAGUUCGGUUGUGUCUUUUUACGCGCAAUGUGGGGAUUUGGCAAGUGCUUUCCGCGUUUUUGACGUGAUAAAACGCCCUGAUGUAGUUUGUUGGACAACUAUGAUCACUGCUUGUUCACAGCAUGGGAGAGGGAAGGAAGCUUUACUAAUGUUCUUGCAGUUGUUCUCUGAUGGUUUUGAUGCUAACGAGUUUACUGUCUGCAGUAUCUUGAAUGCGUGUGGGGAGGAGAGGGAGUUAAAAUUCGGGAAGCAACUACAUGCUGCAGUUAUUAAGAACAGAUUUAGAAUGGAUGUCUUCAUAGGCACCUCAUUGGUAGAUAUGUACGCAAAGUGUAGUAAGAUAGAUGAUGCUAGGACAGUGUUUGAUGGGAUGGGAAAAAGGAACACGGUGACUUGGACGUCUAUUAUUGCAGGAUAUGCACGUAAUGGUCACGCAGAAGAGGCCAUAAGACUCUUUCGGAUAAUGAAAAGGCGAAAGAUCUUUGCUAAUAACUUGACUAUGGUAAGCAUCCUUCGAGCUUGUGGCCUACUUAGAGCUUUACCAACUGGAAAGGAAGUGCAUGCACAAAUUAUCAAGAAUUCUCUCCAAGAUAAUAUUUAUUUAGGAAGUACAUUAGUGUGGCUUUAUUGCAAAUGCAGUGAAAAUUCUACAGCACAUAAGGUCCUUCAGGAAAUGCCUAUUAGGGAUGUAGUUUCAUGGACUGCGAUGAUUUCUGGUUGUGCCCAUUUAGGACAUGAGUACGAGGCUCUUGAAUACUUGAAGGAGAUGCUAGGUGAAGGCGUAGCCCCCAAUCCAUUUACGUAUUCAUCAGCCCUGAAAGCAUGUGCAAAGCUGGAAGAUAUCGAGAGAGGGAAGCUGAUCCAUUCCUCUAUAAGCAAGACACCUGCUCUGUCCAAUGUGUUUGUGGGCAGUGCAUUGAUCAAUAUGUAUGCAAAAUGUGGACAUCUUCCUGAGGCAAUUCAAAUAUUUGAUAACAUGCCUGAGAAGAAUUUGGUUUCUUGGAAGGCGAUGAUUGUUGCUUAUGCUAAAAACGGGAACUGUGGAGAGGCAUUGAAGCUCAUGUAUCGUAUGCAAGUAGAGGGUAUUGAGGUGGAUGAUUAUAUCCUUGCUACUGUUCUCACAGCAUGUGGAGAAUAUAAGGAAACUAUCAAGUCCAAAUCGAAGUAUUUCUUGCAUCCAAAUAGUUCUAUAACCUAAACAGAUAUGAGUCUCCUCAAGAAGCUUCAGCGAAAUACAACAACAUAUCCAGUGUAAAUGAUGGUUUCGUUCAUGUCUCAAUGACAGCUGAACUCUGAGCGUUUCAUGUUAAGAGUCUGGUUCAUAGCUAUGUCAUCGGCUUACUUCUGGACCAUGAUGGACAUGUCUAGUAGCCCCUGCCUCGCCUGAUAAAGAAUGAGGUACAAUUUAUCGGACUGUGCUUUUAGAGGUCCAUCAUAUUUGAACGUUGUAUCUUCUAACCUCAGUGAUACUCUGUGUUGUAUCUUCUAACCUCAGUGAUACUCUGUAUUAUACGUAGUUAGGUCCCUACGACCGCGUAUUGUCAUAUUAAGAUCAUGUAUACUUGAACUUUUUCUUAGUGAAGUGAUAAAGAAAAGGUUAUAACAACAACUAUGUGUACUAGAUAUUUGAAUGUUAAAAACAUACUAGUAA